AUUGAUCAUAAUCAGUUCGAUCGCUCCUACUUUUUCAUAUAACAUAUUCAUCAAUUAUUUUGCUUAUGUAUUUGUAACCAUAGGGUUUCGAUUUUGAGUUGAAUUCGAUCACCGGUUAAUCAUGUCUCUGAGGCCAAACGCCAGGACUGAGGUUCGCCGGAACCGGUACAAGGUGGCCGUAGAUGCGGAGGAAGGAAGGCGGAGGAGGGAGGACAAUAUGGUUGAGAUCCGUAAAAACAAGAGAGAGGAGAACUUGCUUAAGAAGCGUCAAGUUCAGCCGUCGUCACAGCCGCUGUCUACUGGUGCUCCUAUUCAAACCGCCACAAUCGAGAAAAAGUUAGAAAGUCUUCCUUCAAUGGUUGCUGGAGUCUAUUCAAAUGAUGGCAAUAUGCAGCUAGAGGCAACUACCCAGUUUCGUAAAUUGCUCUCUAUAGAAAGGAGUCCACCAAUUGAAGAAGUUAUACAAUCUGGAGUUGUGCCUAGGUUUGUAGAGUUCCUAAUGAGGGAGGAUUUUCCACAGCUUCAGUUUGAGGCUGCUUGGGCACUCACAAAUAUAGCUUCUGGCACUUCUGAGAAUACCAAAGUGGUAAUUGAUCAUGGAGCAGUUCCAAUUUUUGUAAAGCUUCUUGCUUCUCCAAGUGAUGAUGUUCGUGAACAGGCUGUUUGGGCAUUGGGGAAUAUUGCUGGAGAUUCACCAAAAUGUCGUGAUCUUGUCUUAGGUCAAGGUGCAUUAAUGCCUUUAUUGGCUCAAUUGAAUGAACAUGCUAAACUUUCAAUGCUGAGAAAUGCCACAUGGACAUUAUCAAACUUUUGUCGUGGAAAACCACAACCUCCAUUUGAGCUGACAAAACCAGCACUUCCUGCAUUGGAAAGACUUGUUCAUUCAAAUGAUGAAGAGGUGUUGACGGAUGCAUGUUGGGCUCUCUCUUAUUUGUCUGAUGGAACAAAUGACAAAAUUCAAGCUGUAAUUGAGGCUGGUGUCUGUCAACGUCUUGUUGAGCUCCUCCUACAUCCUUCUCCUUCAGUAAUCAUUCCUGCACUUCGAACUGUUGGGAAUAUUGUUACAGGCGAUGAUCACCAAACUCAGUGUAUUAUUGAGCAUGGUGCACUUCCAUAUCUGUUGAGCUUGUUGACACAUAACCAUAAAAAGAGCAUCAAGAAAGAAGCCUGUUGGACUAUCUCAAACAUAACUGCUGGAAACAAAGAACAGAUACAGGCUGUAAUUGAAGCUGGGUUAAUUGGUCCUUUAGUGAAUCUGCUUCAGACAGCUGAAUUCGACAUAAAGAAAGAAGCUGCUUGGGCAAUAUCAAACGCCACUUCUGGUGGAAACAAUGAACAGAUCAAGUAUUUGGUGAGUCAGGGAUGUAUCAAACCCUUAUGCGAUCUGCUUGCAUGUCCGGACCCACGGAUCGUGACUGUUUGUUUAGAAGGACUUGAAAACAUUCUGAAAGUAGGUGAAGUGGAGAAGAAUUUGGGUCAAAGUGGAGAUGUUAAUUUCUAUGCCCAGUUGAUAGAUGAAGCAGAAGGUCUAGAAAAGAUUGAAAAUUUACAAAGUCAUGACAACAAUGAAAUUUAUGAAAAAGCAGUUAAGAUUCUCGAGACGUAUUGGUUGGAAGAAGAAGAUGAACAUGAAGGAGUAGGAGGAGAUGUUGCUCUUCCUCAACCCGGGUUUAAUUUUGGUGGAAACAAUAAUAUUCAACUUCCUUCUGGUGGAUUCAAUUUCAACAAUUGAAGGUAAUUAUUAUAUUGUUAGUUGUUACAACUUGCAAUCUUAAAAAAGUAACAGUUGUAGGUUUUUGGAGGAAGUAUAGUAUGUUGGUGUGGUCAAUGGUCAAGAGUCAAGUCCAAGUCCGGUCAGGUCGGGUUUUGUCAGUUGAGUGCAUCUCGGGCAGUCUGGUUACCCGUUACAAUAUAAGCCCAUUCAGAUGUGAAGGUUGGUGAGUUGAGCAUUGGUUGUGAUGUUUUGUAUAUCAGCUUUGAUAUUGUGUGAGGAAACAGAUGAGCUUUAUAUAAAUAUAUGUUUUAAAA